AUGGCGGCUGUCAACCGGAACAUGUUUGAGGCCAGCGUCACCACCGAUCGCCCCCAGGGCGCUCCACUAAUGAUUCUACCACUCAACUUAAUUGCGGUCAUCGUCUCUUACGUAGAUGAUCCCGGCGAUCUCGCCCGUCUCUGUCGAGCAUGCCGCGUUCUCAACUACAUGGCCCUCCCCCAGCUCUACAAACACAUCACCUUGACCUCCUAUGACAAAAUUCGAUAUCGCGACGAUGAGCCCGAGGGCAUGGGUAGCGCCAGUCCUUUUUCCAUGGGACUGAAUGCCAUCAUCACCCGUCCCUAUGCCACACUCGUUCGGUCGCUUACUCUUCGAGGCAACUGGCGGGAGCUCGAGCUCGAGGAGCAUGCGCGCGUGGGCCGCGUGCCGGACUCGUCGAUGAUGCUGAACAUUGCGGUGCGCGCGGCGGUCGAUCGGAUGACGGAAUUGGAAAGCUUUAGCUGGGAACUCAAUACCAAGAUGCUGGAAACUGUCUAUCUCGGGCUGGCGCAGCUGCCUAAGCUGACGGCCUUGACCAUUCGGUUUCCCUCGAGUCGACAUCCCCGCCCAACCAUCGUCAUUCCACCCAUGCCACAUCUUCGAUAUCUGAAGGUUACCGACAUCGAUCCGCUUUGCUAUCCGGAUGACAUCUCGACUCUGGUGUUUCGGUGUCGCAAGUUGCGCGAGCUCAACUUACAUUGGUCUCCGCGCAUGCGCAAUGCGCAGGAGCCUAGUGUCAUGGUUCACGACUACUUUCGCAAGUGCAUCGCCGCGAAACAACCCCUUUCAAUCAAGAAGAUUGGCCUGCAGAACCUAUACGCUUUGCACACGGAGGAUUUCGGUCUCGGGGUGGAUAGUGCCACUGUAGAAGACGUUACCAUCCUCCAGCAUGGCGGUGCGGAUCUUUCAAUGAACACUUUUGUGGAUAGCACUUGGCCCACAACGCCAGCUCAUCCCAUUCGUAUCAAAGCAAUCCGACAGGAUGCCGUGAGCAAGAAACAUGCGCAGUUUCUUAACCAGUUUACCGGUCUGGAACGGUUAUACUUUGUCAAUGCCACUCUUAAUCCCAACGACGAUAUCAACUCCCCUCGACCUUUGACCUCUUCUGCCGCACUCUCUCCCCCUUCGUCUGACACCUCUCAACCCGCUACUAAUGGUACAUCCACCAGCUGCUCUGCCGCUGCAAGCAACUCCCCCAGUUUGCAAGCAAGCAUCCGAGACCUAUACCUGAACAACAUCACUAUGAAUCAUGCUGCCACCUUACGACAUCUCUUACUCCCCGCUCGCUGGCCCCUGUCUGCACCGACGGUCGCGCGCCUCGUCCACGCCAGUCCGCAAUUGGAGCAGCUGGGCUUCGCCACAGAAUUCUCCGACCUGGAAGCAUUGGGGCUUCUUCUUCCAUUCCUCCGAAAUCUCAAGGCGUUGCGUCUUCUCAUUCCCACCUGCCCCUCACCGUMCGAGACAGCUCGUGCUGGGCCGCUCCCUAAGACGUUCAAAUACUUCUCUCCAUCUGCUAAUGCGCUCACCUCCGCCCGGACGCUCUCCGACCUUGUGGAAGCUGACGACGACACCUUAAUCGCGAGGCUCAGCGAGUCCCUUGCAGACCAGCAAGUCUUCCACCGGCUGAAGGUCAUUGGUCUGGGCCGCAAAGGCUUCCAACUAGGAGACUACUACACCGUGCCAGCCGAGCAGGCCGAGAAUUAUGGACACGUCCAGCUACAAACGCCCACGGGCUCCCGGGCUACCAGCGCAGAAGCCAACGUAGGCUACGAUAAGAGUCCACCAGCCGGGGGACCCUCCCCGACAGCCAAUGGCCAUAACGCAAUGGUGCCCUCGCAGAGAAAUGGACACCUCCCCCCCUUCAGUACUGGGUAA